AACAAAACCGCGCCGCGUCAAAAUGUUUUGAUGGAGUAGAGAAGUAAGAACAUUCCCUCGAAUAUUUACUUUUCCUUUAGGGACUUACAAGUAACGUCAGGGUAAGUUAUUCCUUGCUAACGUUUAUCCGCUCACAUGCUUUUUUUGAAAGACGGUAUUAGCAAAGAUGCAGCUAGCUUGUUUAAACACAUUCGUUAGUUUUAUGUUUACUUGCUUUUAGCAUGUAUUCGAUUAUUCAUAUUUUUAAUUAAAUACCAAGACGUUAUUCAUUAAAUACCAGGGACAAAACAUGAGUUAGUUUAGGCUAAAUGACCGACAUGAAUUAAUUUCUCUGGCUCCAAUUUCCUUACUUUAUUUAUUGUGCAAGAUAAGAUAAGAGUAGCUGACGUGUUCAAUUCAGUAGAACUUGCUUUGGGGCACACUGUAAACGCCAUACCCCAAAACAGCUUCAAAUGGACGAUGACGGUGUAGUGUACGUAUUUGUUUCUGCAAGGGAAGGAGAAAAAGGCCAAAUGAGACCUGUGCCGCUCGGAUGGAACCACAGACGGGUCACAUGGUUCCUCUUUAUAUGUGGCAUACAUAGAACAUAUGCUUGCUUCCCGAUGUCCAAAGUAGGCUUCUAUGUGUCACCUUUUGCCUUGAAAGUGAAUGCUUUUGUUUGCGUGAUUGAUUAAUGUGUUAUCUGUGCCGACAAGUCCUUUCAGACCGGAGAUAUCACGCUUUGGAUGCUAAUUGAUCCUUACAGCAUCUUCCUCACGUUGUGGAUAUCUGCAGCAUAUUUCCUACGCACGCCAUGGCUCAGUGAUUCCCCUCCAGGACUCUUUUAAAUGUCGCCAUGCCGCCGCCAAACAGCUCCUCCAUCAACGCGGCCUCUUCUGACAAGAGUGAAGACAUCGAGCCGCUCCUCUGCGAUGACACAGUGCCUCCUCGGUGUUGCUCGGCUCGCCUCAAUCUGGCCAUUCUGAUGUUCCUGGGCUUCACCGUGGUCUAUGGCCUGCGCGUCAACCUCAGCGUGGCCAUGGUGGCUAUGGUGAACACCUCAGACGCCGGGCUGGGUCGCAACAACUCCGUCGCCCACGCCUGUCCACUUCCUGCCGGGUCGGAGAACAGCACCGGGACGUUUGAGCAGCCUGACGGGACCCCCCAGUACCCGUGGGACUCGGAGACUCAAGGCUGGCUGCUGGGGGCUUUCUUUUUUGGCUACCUGUGCACACAGAUGCCAGGGGGUUACCUGUCGGGCCAUUACGGAGGGAGCAUCUUCCUCGGUCUGGGUGUCUUGGGCACAGCUGCCCUCACCAUCCUCACCCCCCUGGCCGCCCAGUGGGGGCCCUACUGGCUGUUUGCCCUGCGAGUGCUGGAGGGCCUGGGGGAGGGUGUGACGUUCCCGGCCAUGAUGGCCAUGUGGGCCCACUGGGCUCCGCCUCUGGAGCGCUCUCGCCUCAUCACUCUCUCAGGCUCCGGGUCCAACUUCGGAGCCUUCGUGGCUCUGCCUCUCACCGGCUUCCUGUGCCAAGCGCUGGGCUGGCCCGCCGUCUUCUACCUCUGUGGGGGCGCCGGCUGCCUCUGGGCGGUCCUGUGGUUCAUGCUUGUGUCAGACGACCCCCGCACCCAUCGACGGAUCAGCGAAGAGGAGAGAGGUUACAUCAUCUCCUCCGUGGGGAAUCAGGGUGGGGGCCAUGGCUGGUCGGUGCCGCUCCUGCGCAUGAUGACGUCAGUGCCGCUGUGGGCCAUCAUCGUCACGCAGAUGUGCUCCAACUGGUCCUUCUACACGCUGCUCACCUCCCUGCCCACCUACAUGAACAACAUCCUGCACUUUGACCUCAAGUCGAACGGCUUCCUGUCCGCCCUGCCCUACCUGGCCUCUUGGAUGUGCUCCUUGCUCACCGGCAUCUUAGCCGACAGCCUCAUUGAGAGGAAGGUGUUCAGCGUCACGACCGUACGCAAGGUCUUUACGCUCACAGGUACGACAAACCUUACCGCUCACUUCCUGCUCCGCCUUCCCGCCUCCACCUUGUCCCUCUCUGCAGGCAUGCUGCCACCUGCCGGCUUCCUGCUGGCGGUGGCCUACGCCGGCUGCAACCACGUCCUCACCGUCACCUUCCUCACGCUGUCGUCGGCCACGGCGGGCACCAGUGCGCCCGGAGUCUUCCUCAACCAGAUUGACAUUGCCCCAAGGUACGCUGGCUUUCUCCUGGGCAUCACCAACAUGUUCGGCACCAUUCCCGGCGUCAUCGCCCCCAUCAUUACGGGAUAUUUCACUGAGGACCACACCAUGGCGGGCUGGAGGAAAGUGUUCUGGGUCUCCGCCGCGAUCAACGUGGGUGGUGCCUUCUUCUACGCGCUGUUCGGCAGCGGCGACAUCCAAGCGUGGGCCGUGGCGGAGGAAGACGAGGGAGGAGCCGAGAGGAAGAGGAGCCGCGCCGUCUCCACGUGAAGGCGACACCUUCACACUCCAGUAAUGCACACGUUUCAUUCUUUUCCUUUUAUGAGCGUCAUAUUAUCUUUCCUUACUAUGCAAGAGCACCAAAGCACUGUUACACCUGAAGUGCCGCUUUCUUUGCUGCCUUCUGAUCUUCUAAAAAAUGUGAAGGCGGGGGAGUCCAAACGCUUUCCAUCCACGGCCGCAUACGCAACAAUUCAAGAUUUCUUCAUCAUUAUCAUGAUUAUUAUUAUUAUUAUAAAAAACACAAAGAAACAAAACAUAAAUCAAAGCUUGAAGUAGGAUUCUUUUUAUGAUUUUUAAUAUAAUUAUUAUUUGUGCCAACAUUUCAAGUUUUUCCAGCCUUUUUUAGCUGUGGUUUUUUUUCUUGUUGCAUGUACUGUAGCAUAUGUCCCAUGUUGCUUGACACCCCUGCAUAUACAGUAGAAGCCUUGAAGUCAACUACCUGCCUAGUAGUACAACUACUAACUAGCAACUAUGCAUAGAACCUUGAACACAGCACACUCACAAAGCAGCUUGUUACUCAACUGUGUUUUUUUAAAUACUCUACAUAAAGCCUCAUUGGGUAUUUUAGAGCUUUUGUAAGCAAUGAGUGAAGUGGUUGAUUUGAUAAGAGCAGCUGAAUACUGAAUACUUUUUUUAGUAGACUUGCGUGGGACCACUGAUUUUUUUAAAAGCACUUUUUGACAGACAAUACACCAAAAAACUUACAUUUUAAAAGCCAAAGAUUAUGCAACCUGCUCUUAAAUCCUGGUGCUCGUGUUAUUAUGUUUAUUGAACCUGUCUGUGCUAGCUGUAAGUGUAUUUAUUUGUACGUUGUUGUUGUGGACAUGAUUAGAAAGACUGCAAGGUUAAGUAAAUGCUAACAUUAAAAUCACUCUUGAGCUUUCUCCCUCGCGUUUGGACGUUUGUGUGUUCAUGUUUGUUUCAUUUUAUGACCAGCAGAGGGCGCAAGGAAACAUUCACUCAGUGACAUAAUGGGGUUAAAAAAAUGCAUUUUCAUAGCCAUGACAAUUCAAGGGGAAAUGGUAAACGUAAUAUAUACUAACUCAUCUCAAUUACAUGUUUUAAUUGGCAAAAGAUGAGUUACUUUGGGCUUUUAACCUUCAUUGUUUGGAACGUGUCGCCAUGUUACCGCCGUUUGCAUCAGCCGGUCAUGACCUUCCACCCGGAAGUUGUUAAACGUCAGCGGGGUGUUGCAGAUUAAAUGUUCCACUUCGCUCCCACUCAAACAAAGGAACACAUUUAGUAUACUAUUUUCCUUCAGACUUAAUUUUCGUCGAAUCCCUAACACACAUGUUGAAUGUACCUCAGUUUAUUUUAAAACUAGUACAUAUUUACGUUACCUGCUAGUUUAGACAUAGUUUAAACGCUGAUAUUUCAUGAUUUAUCCCACUUUUCUAGAGCUUCUAAUCGGCGUCGGUUUUUAAUACACUCCAUAAAAAAUAUGGCAACUUUUCUAACGAGUUUACACCCCAUUUGCUCAAUAUUUAAUAGUCACUCAUUUUUUAUUUUGUUUACUUUUGUCACGUAAUCAUGUACUAAUUAGUCAGAUUCGAUAAGUGUGUUAUCAACAUACAACGAUUUUUUUGUUAUUUUGUUCAGUAGAAAAGUAGACUGUAAAAAAGAAAACAACAUUGUAAGUAGGACGGUAUCCUACCCCCUUUUCAUGUUUAUUACUGAUCAUUCAUUCACACGUGUGACACAAUUAUUCCACUUUAAUUUUUGCUCAUUAUAAGGUUUGUUCACUUCCUGUGUGUAGGAACAGGGAGAGAAACGACUAGCGACUGAUUUCACAAGUCAUUUGAGUUUCAGGAGCUCUUUGGAUGAAGACAAAAGAAGCCUUCAGGGCAGACGUUUGAGGGAAGAGUCACACCCUCCGUUAUGACUCGACCAAACACCCUCACACCUCAACGCAGGUAUGGGUGUGGAGCCGCGGCUCGUCGUCGACUUUUUCAAGAGUGAGGCCGUGCUGGCUUGUGUGUUGCAAAUGUGCCUGGUUUGCAUCAAGUGUCUCUCACCCUGGGUUAAACGCUGUUUGCAUACCACACGCGGCAUUGCCAUUUACACCCACUCUCCUGAAAUAACCUGGACACCAACAUUGGUCAGAAUAUGACUUGAGCUUUUGUUCCACGCCCAACACCAAGCUGUGCUCCUGAAAUGUGCUUCACUGCGGGGGUGCCCAGACUUUAUCCAGUGAGGGCCACACAGUGAAAAAUGAAAGGAUGCAACUUUCCCACUUGGAUAUUUUGGAAAGCAACCCGUAUACAUAUGUUAAAAAGUGAUAUAUAUUUGAAAGAACAAUGCACAUUUCACCUUUGUGAUGAAGGUGAAAAAGUCUAUUAUCAACUUCACUCUUUGCUCUUUUUUUCCGUUUUUUCCCCCCCCCAAAAUAUUUUAGCUGUCUUCGUCAGUAAACUUUGUAAAUGUAAUUUUCUUUUUGUAAUAUUAUGACUUUAUUCCCAAAACAUUAUAACUUUUUCCCCAAACCAAUUUUCCCAAUUAUUUUGUUUGGUUUUACGCAUAAUGUUACAACUUAUUUCUUGAAUAUUUCAACUCC